GGCCCCCGGGGGCGACGGCGGCUGGACCAUGGCCCGGAGACCCGGGGCGCCGGCCGCCUACGGGGAGGAGUUCUCCUUCGUCAGCCCGCUGGUGAAAUACCUGCUUUUCUUCUUCAACAUGCUCUUCUGGGUGAUUUCCAUGGUGAUGGUGUCCAUAGGAGUUUAUGCCCGGCUGAUGAAGCACGCAGAAGCAGCCUUGGCCUGCCUGGCAGUGGACCCAGCCAUCCUGCUGAUCGUGGUGGGCGUCCUUAUGUUUCUGCUCACCUUCUGUGGCUGUAUUGGAUCCCUCCGUGAGAACAUCUGCCUCCUGCAGACGUUCUCGCUCUGCCUCACCAUCGUGUUCCUGCUACAACUGGCUGCUGGGAUCCUGGGCUUCGCCUUCUCAGACAAGGCACGAGGGAAAGUGAGUGAGAUCAUCAAUAAUGCCAUUGUACACUACCGAGAUGACCUGGACCUGCAGAACCUCAUUGAUUUUGGCCAGAAGGAGUUCAGUUGCUGUGGAGGGAUUUCCUACAAGGACUGGUCCCUGAACAUGUACUUCAACUGUUCAGAAGAUAACCCCAGCCGUGAGCGUUGCUCUGUGCCUUACUCCUGUUGCUUGCCUACUCCCAGCCAGGCAGUGAUCAACACUAUGUGUGGCCAAAGUAUGCAGGCCCUUGACUACUUGGAAGCUAGUAAAGUCAUCUACACCAAUGGCUGCAUUGACAAAUUGGUCAACUGGAUACAUAGCAACCUCUUCUUACUUGGUGGUGUGGCACUGGGCCUGGCCAUCCCCCAGCUGGUGGGAAUCCUGCUGUCCCAGAUCCUCGUGAAUCAGAUCAAAGAUCAGAUCAAGCUACAGCUGUACAACCAGCAGCACCGGGCUGACCCAUGGUACUGAGACUACAUCUGCACUUCCUCAUUAUGGCAACAGCAGAGCCUCAUCACCAACAGCAGUGGGUAUAGUUUUCAACGCUCAGCAGUGGGUACAGCUCUCAAUGCCCAAUGGAGAUUUGGAUUCCAGCCCCCCCCAGCAACAGCCAGUGG